AUGAACUUGGAGGAUGGCCAGUCAGCACUGCUGGCCCACAGGAGGUUCCUGAUGCCGCCGCCGCCGCCGUCGCAGCCCCAGCCGCCGGCGCAGCAACCGCAUCUCUACUUGCAGCGAGGCGCCUGCAAGACGCCCCCGGACGGCAGCCUCAAGCUCCAGGAAGGCAGCGGCGGCCACAACGCGGCCCUGCAGGUCCCCUGCUACGCCAAAGAGAGCUCCCUGAGUGAGCCAGAGCUACCGCCUGACUCUGACACUGUGGGGAUGGACAGCAGCUACCUCAGUGUGAAGGAGGCUGGGGUGAAGGGGCCCCAGGACCAGGCCAGCGCCGACCUCCCCAGCCCGCUGGAAAAGGCUGACUCAGAGAGCAACAAGGGCAAGAAGCGGCGGAACCGAACCACCUUCACCAGCUACCAGUUGGAGGAACUGGAGAAGGUCUUCCAGAAGACUCACUACCCCGACGUGUAUGCGAGGGAGCAGCUGGCCAUGAGGACAGACCUCACCGAGGCCCGCGUGCAGGUCUGGUUUCAGAACCGGAGGGCCAAAUGGAGGAAGAGGGAGCGUUUUGGGCAGAUGCAGCAGGUUCGAACCCACUUCUCCACCGCCUAUGAGCUGCCUCUCCUUACUCGAGCUGAGAACUAUGCCCAGAUUCAGAACCCGUCCUGGAUUGGCAACAACGGGGCUGCCUCGCCAGUGCCAGCCUGCGUGGUCCCCUGUGACCCGGUGCCAGCCUGUAUGUCCCCUCACGCCCAUCCCCCUGGCUCUGGGGCCAGUGGUGUCACCGACUUCCUGAGUGUCUCUGGGGCUGGCAGCCAUGUGGGCCAAACGCACAUGGGUGGCCUGUUCGGAGCAGGCCUCAGCCCAGGUCUCAACGGCUACGAGCUCAACGGUGAGCCGGACCGCAAGACCUCAAGCAUCGCAGCCCUCCGCAUGAAGGCCAAGGAGCACAGUGCGGCCAUCUCCUGGGCCACCUGACAGGGCCUCUCUGGUCCCAGCCCCGCGCCCUCCCCCACCUCGGGGCACUGGCCACGCCCAUGCUUUCCAGGCCCCCAGCCUCCCACUCGACUUUCCUCUUGGGAACCUGGCCUGGGCCAGGGGCCUGACCCUCAGCACUUUCAGCCACCCCAAGUCUGAGGCCCGUGGACAGCUGGGAGGGAGGGGACAGCAGGCCCCUGCCCCUCGCUGGCACUGAGGCCAAGACCCCUGCUCCUGGCCGGAGGCAACGGAGACAGCGGUGGCCCCGUUUCACAGCUUUGCAUCCAUUAGAAGCUGAAGACCCUUCUUCCCCCUCCUGCUCCUCCAUCCUGCCUGGUCUGACCGCUGAGUCAAAUUUAAAUUCCCAUCGAGACCCAGCAGCAGCAACGGUACAGUCACGUCCAUCCUUCCGUGUGGAUCCCGGUCACCAGGCCCGUGACUGUGUCUGAAGAACAGGCUGCCCUCCCGUCUCCUUUUCUCUUCCUAAAACCCUAUGGGAUCUGACCUUUUGGACCCAAGGCAUCUGCCUCAUCUUCACCUAGAAUGGAGGAGUCCCCAUCCUGGCUGUCCCCUAAGCUGGACACACCCAGAGGGAGUGGGCAGAGAGGAGGAGCUGGAGCCAAAGAAUCCAGCUGUCACCCAGUAGUGCUGACAUACAGGGUGGGGGCAUGUCUCCACGCCCUUGGGCCCCGGAAACUGGAUCUGGGUGAGCCCAGCAAGGGGACAAUGCAGACCACCCACGGUGCUGGACAAAGACAAGCUUCCAGAGAGAGCAGGGGCUACAGGGAGGUGUCCAGGUGGGGCAGGGGAUAGAGCACACACUCUGCUCUUCGGCCACCUGACAUCUCCAGGCAGGAUGGAGGAGCAGGAGGGGGAAGCAGGCAGCAUGACAGCGACAUUGGGCAGGUUGGGCAGCUCUGUUCUCCAUCUAGCCAGGCCCCUCCAGGAGGGUCAUUCCCCCCAGCCCCUGCCCCAUCCCAUUCUGGUCACUCCAUGGAAGCACUCACACCUGGGACACUCAAGCCAGAGCCUGGGGGCAUGGCGGUAGAGGGUCAGGAGCAGGUGUGGACUUGCUGGAGGACUAUGUCCACGCUCGGCCUCCAGGCAGGCAAGGCAGCUGCUGCUGCCUCAGGCUGCCUCCCCCCCUCAGCUGUCUCUGCACAUAACCAUACCUUCCAGAGCCUUCCACGCAGGUGGGUGCUUGCGGUCUUCUAGGCAGAGGGCAGACAGAGCCUACCUUGACACUUCUUCCUCGGGGGCCAGAAGUCUCAGCCCCUCUCUCUGGCCUCUGGAAGGGCUUGCAGGGCAGAGCUCCCGAGUCACUUGCCCUGUUCUAGGUGUGGGGACAGGAUGUCCUCAGGAAGUGCAUUUCUCUGCCUGUAGGAAGAGGCCUCCUUCGGGAGGGGCGGGGGUCACUCCAUAUUUGCCUGGCUUGAGACGUGCAGCUUAGUCCCAGACAUCACCUAAGCUUCUGGCACACAGCACCCAUCCUCUGAGGCAGGCCUUUCAGGGCCCUGGGAGGUCCAUGGCAGGUAGCCCCCGAGCCUGUCAGGUAUGGGGGCUGUGACGCAGGACAGCCUGUGCGGUUGGCAGAUGGGUGUGAGAUACCCUGCCUUGAGCUGCUCGGGGUUUAGGAGAAAUCGCAGGCUCCAUCUCAACCUUAUGCUCUCAUCAGCUCCAGGAUAGGACGAGAAGGAUCUGGCUUCGGCCUCCCUCAAUGCCAGUCAGGCCUCUUAGUAAACCGUAGCUCUGAGAUCAAUCUUCUAGAAUGACAGGGGUCUAGGACAUGGAAUUAGAUGUCCUUGAAGGCUUGGCUUCCCGAGUGUCAUUUGUUUGAGGAUCUUGGAGUCACUCUUAGGAAGCCUCUCUAGUUUGAGGUUCACUAAACUAACCCAGACUCCCCAAAAUCUAGCAGGGGAAAGGAGCAAAUUGCUUAAGGCUGUGAAUAGUCUCCUAAAUGCUCCAGUGGCUAGAAGGACACAAGAACUUUCACCAAAGGUGUGUUUUCACCAGGAGAGAAUCAGUACACAGAGAAAGCCCCAGAGCAGGGGGGGGAGAGGGCAGGCGCGAGGUGGAUUCCUCUGGGAGGGACCCCUGGCUCUCAGUUUUCUAUGUGUCUGCUUUCUGGCUGGACUAGACUCAAGUCAGGCAAAUUUCAACCAAAAUGCCUGAGAAGGAAAAGCUUCUGUUAGAAGCAGUUGAGCUGUGGCUCUGGCUUGCCGUCCCACCAUCGGAGCCCAGUGUUAAUGAUUAAAAUAUCUGUGUUCAUCUCCCCAUAGGUGGCUACUUACCCCCAGGCCUGUCCUUGCCCUGCCCUGCCCUCUAGAGCCUGCCUAACACUGACAAUCACAUCAUUGAGCUGGGGGAGUAGGGGGGUGACUCUAGUUAGUUCAAUCUCUUUACAGUGGAGCCGAGAAGACCCCGCCCCCAGUAGAGAAGUGACUGCCCUGCCAUGGUUAACCAGAGGCAAAGGAGGCUGACAGUGGAGCCCUGUGGUGCUGCCCAGGCUUUGCCACGGCCUCAGCAGGCGGCUGGUGCAUGAGGCACCCCCACAGCCUCACAACUCGCAGCUCAUCCAGUGGCUCAGCUCUCUGCUUGAGUGCCUCCCUCUCCUCAGCCUUCUCUCUGGUUCUUUCCCAGUCAGGUGGCUGGGCCCAGGCCUUCUGUGUUCUAGGGUGGGAGGCAUCCCCAAAGCAGCUCCUGGGAUGCCUACGCGAGCUUGGGGACUCUCCCAAGCCAGGUGGCUUCCUCUGGAAGGCAGGCAGAGAGGAGAAUCCAUUGCCCUGUGGGUCACUGCUAAGCAAAUAAGCCAAAGGUGAAGAUUUCCUUUGGCCAUUGAUUUCAACAGAGAUGGCGAUGCAGACCUGAAGUGGUGGGCAGCAGGCAGGCCAAUGGGCAGCCUCCCCAACACCGAGAGCCCCUCAUCCUGCUGGGAGUGUCUUUGGAGCCAAGGCUUGACACUAAGGUGCUGCCACCCUCAUGCUGUCCCUGCUCCCGGGGCAGGGAAGGAGGCAAGGGCUUGGGAGAAGGCACCUAGAGAGGCUUGUCCCCAGGUCUUCAAUAGUGCUUGGAGGACGUGGGCUUUGUAACUUUCCCUGACUUCUUUCAACUAUACUUGAUUUUCAGCUCUCACCACCAUGCCUCCAGCUCUGGGAAGCAUGGAGGCCAGGUUAGUUCAAAGACACUGCAAAGGGUGGGGGGCAGCAACUGUGAGCUGGGGCCUGGCACUCACUGCUGUGGCCACCCUGGGCCCAGAUCCAGUGUCCUUCCUGCCCUUAUUCCCACUGGGUAGACAAGAGGAACUUUCCCAAGAAAACUACCAAGUGUCCUGCUCACGUGCUAUUCUCUCUCUGGGGCUGGGUCUUGGGGAGGUCACCUUGGGAGACACCCUGGGGCUUCUGGUCAGCUUGAUGGCCCUGUCAGGUGCAGAGGCCAGCAGGCCUAGCUGGGUAGGAUGGCUGGCAAGCUGGCCCCCAGGACAAUAAUCCAUGACCAUAAACGAGAAAAUCGAGACCACACACUCCCUACGUCUCAAAGUUGCGCCACCCGCUUCACUUCAUGCGGAUGCUGCAGAGAGGAAAGGUGUCCCCUGAACAUUACCUAAUCUUGCCCGCCCCCCACCCUUCUCUUACGACAUAGAGCUAGGCCUUUAUACUACUGAUUUUGAAGGACAGUUUUGAUGUCUAACAACCUGAGUGUGCAGUGGUCGGAAAGAGAGCUGAGCGCCAGAAGGAACAUGAACCUCAACCAAUACUGACUGUUCUCAUUGUAAGAUAUGUUAACCCUGUAUAAACGCAACUUUUCCUUUAGCUUAAUGGCCUGGGGUGGAUAUUAAAAAUAUAUAUUAAAAUACAUUAAAAAUUCAGAAAAAAAUGUAUAAAAAAAUGAGGUCGGUUCCAUAAAGUUUUACUGCCUAUACCACCAUGUAACAACAUUACAGCAAAAUAUUAAUAGAAGCAUUCUUGCCUUUAAAGUAAGUUAUUGCACUUACAUCUUUUGGGGGAGGGGAUAUGGAUGAGAAGAGGACUUGGGGCCCAGGAGUGGGGCUGGAUGGGGAGCGGAAGUAGCCGGAGCUCCCCGAGCACCCUUGGCUGGGCAUGGCCCGAAUGGUCUGUUUGGUUGUUGUUUGCAAUAAACUCCUUCUCCUUCCUCCUCUCAACUGGAACCUGUCUGUUUUGUUCCUGACUUGUGACAG